UUCUUCAAAACGUACGCCUUUCUUCCGGGUGUCUGCGCUGGUCUCCCGGCAACCGAUGUAACAAACGGAUGCUCAUGUUUUUUAUGUUUUGUACAAGCUGGUGAAGUAACAAAAGAUGGGUAAGAAGGUGAAAAAGGAGACAGAACCACCUCCUAAAGAUGCAUUUGAUCCACUGCCUGUUGAAAGUAAGAAAGCUGCAACUGUGGUUCUCAUGCUUAAUUCUCCAGAGGAUGACAUUUUAGCCAAAGCUUGUGAAGCCUUAUAUAAAUUUGCUGAUAAAGGGGAUGAAAACAAAGCAAGCCUUUUGGGGCUUGGAGCUGUCGAACCACUGUCAAAGCUGAUAUCACAUAAUGACAAAACUAUACGUAAAAAUGCUACAAUGGUAUUUGGGAGCUUGUCUGCCCAUGGUGAAGUCAGAAAACUUUUGAGAAAAUUAGAUGUUAUUUCCUCAGUCAUUGCACGACUUUCAUCAGAUGAAGAUUCAGUGAUCCAUGAAUUUGCUACUCUAUGCCUAGCAUUCAUGUCUGCGGAGAGUACAAGUAAAGUGCAAAUACUUGAACAUGGUGGUUUAGAACCUCUGAUCAGAUUACUUGCAAGUCCAGAUCCUGAUGUGAAAAAGAAUUCUGUUGAAUGUAUUUUCCAUUUAGUUCAGGAUUUCCAAACUCGUGCUGCAGUUCGUGAAUUAAAUGGAAUUCCAGCUUUGCUAGAACUGCUGAAAUCUGAGUACCCUAUUAUUCAGCAGCUUGCCCUGAAAACCCUGGUCAUACUUACAUAUGAUGUGGAGAGCAGAAUAGUACUACGAGACAGUCAGGGAUUGGACAAACUUAUUGAACUCAUGCAAGUUAAGGAGUUUGGUGACUUACAUGUUGAUGCUCUUUUGGUGGUUGCAAAUUGCCUAGAAGACAAUGAUGCUGUGCAAGUGAUCCAGCAAACAGGUGGACUUCAGAAAAUAUUAACAUUCGCAGAAACAUCCACUCUUCAUGAAGUACAGAAAAAUGCAGCUACAGCAAUUGCAAAAUCUGCUUCUCAUGCUGAAAUCAGGAAAAGUUUUCAUGAACAAGAUGUGGAGAAAACACUGUCAACUCUUUUGGGUGUGGACAAUGAUGGAGUUAAAGCAGCUGCUUGCCUGGCCAUUGCUGUUAUGUGCGAGAAUCAGGCAAGCAAAGAUUCUUUCAGAAAGCAAGGGAUUCCUCAGCUGGUUCGUUUACUAAACAGUGAUAAAGGAGAUGUGAAAGAGGGUGCAGCCUUAGCAUUGGCUAACUUAACCGAUAGCAAUCUUGGUAAUGCUAGUGCCGUCUUCGAAAAUGAAGGUGUUGAUCUUCUGAUACGUUUGCUGGCUGAUAAAAUAGAUGGGGCUGUUGCAAAUGCUGCAACUGUACUGAUAAAUAUGGCCACUCAGGAAAACUUGAGAACCGGCAUCCAGUGUCGUGGGGUUAUGCAGGCCAUUGUUGAACCCCUACAGUCAACCAACACUAUUGUGCAAAACAAGGCUGCCCUCACUGUAGCCGCAAUGGCUUGUGAUGUGUAUGGAAGGACUGAGCUGAGAAAUGCAGGGGGACUGAUACCACUUAUAAAUCUACUGAGUUCAAAUAAUGAGGAAGUCAGACGCAGUGCAUGCUGGGCUGUGCAAGUCUGUGCAAAUGAUGAGCCAACUGCAGUUGAACUAUGCAGACUAGGUGCUUUAGAAAUACUACAGAAAAUUAAUAUGUCAGCGAGUCGCAAAAGUAAUUUUAGUGAAGCUGCUCAAAGCAAAUUGCUUGAUAGUCACCUCUCUAUUAAAUAUAGCCUAUCUGGUUAUUUGUCAUCUGUUGAUAUAAUCACAGAUGGAUUCUUCGACCUUGGAAGGAUUAAAGCUGAUGCAAAAGUUCUAUCACUUGAAGAACUCAGUAAACAGGAAAUUAACCAUAAAAGACCAGUACUGUUGAUCAGUGCAAAAGAGCCUGAGCUAAUUUCCAGACCAGUAUCACCUGUGGAAGAAAAGCUGCCACCAGAAUCCCCUGACAGACAUGCAUCUUCUUCACUCAGCAAAAGCAGCACCAAGGAGAAAACAGUAAGCAAAGGGAGAAUUAAGGGCAGAAAAGAAGAUGACAAACUAAAAGAAGAAGAAGAACUACAGCCACCAUUUAAGCCCACUGUGGAAGAAGAAAAGAAACUGUGGCAGAUACCGUAUGAUCCACAUUUCCAUAGCUACAUUAAUGAGAUUGCUAAGACAAUACUACCACUGCAUAACACUAAACAACAAGUAGAAGCUCUUGCAAAAUUUGUUUCAGAGAAGAUGGGAGGUGCAUUUGAAAAGGAACAACUCCACAAUUUCAGCUGGGAACUACAUGUCAGUGAACUCAAAUUAGCGCUCAACUCGAAUGUCAUUCCUAUCGGGAGAAUUGAGAAAGGAAUAUAUUACCACAGAGCUUUACUUUUCAAGGCUUUAGCAGACAGAAUUGGUAUCAGCUGCAGCUUGGUUCGUGGAGAUUAUAAUCGUGCUUGGAAUGAAAUCCGCUUACCAGAAGAACCACCCCAAAGCACUCCAGGAGUACUUCUUCCACCAAGAGUCUAUAUUGUAGAUCUAAUGCACCAACCUGGCCACUUGCUAAAAGCUGACAGUCCUGAGGUUAUGCAUUAUCAGUCCAUUUAACCAGUUGUACAAAUGCAAAUAAUAAAAGUAUGCCAACAAGGACA